GGCAUCUUUGGACCAUCAUGGCUGACACCAAGGGCCCCAUAAACAAUUCCUCCUCGUCGGUGCCCCUAAUGCUGGACAUUGAAGGCCAAUACGAGGAAGACGACCUCGAUUCUGAGCUCAAGCGAGAUUUUGCUUACCGAAACAAUGUUGCCGGAGCAGCUAAACACAUCCGAAUGGGGUUUUUGCGGAAGGUGUACUCGUUAUUGGGCAUGCAGUUGGCUAUCACGACCGUGAUUGCCUCCAUCUGCCUUUUCACGCCCGUCAUCAAAGAGUUUGUCCACAGCAAUCCUUGGCUGCUGAUGGUGGCUUUCGUGGCCGCCUUAGGAUUGUUGAUCGCCUUGCAUGUCAAGCGCAAGGAAACGCCUAUUAACUUGAUUCUCUUGGGAGCAUUUACGGUGGUUGAGGCGUACACCUUGGGCGUGUUGGUGACCUUCUAUGACGUAGCUGUAGUGGUUCAAGCCUUCUUCUUGACCGCCGGUGUCGUAGUUGGCCUCACCUUGUACACUUUCCAAUCCAAGCGCGAUUUCUCCCAUUGGGGUACCGGUUUGUAUGCCGGACUUUGGUUAUUGAUCUUGGCCGGAUUCAUGCAAUUGAUCGUUGGUGGACGAGUGGCGGAUACGGGUUUGGCGGUGGUUGGCGCUCUAUUAUUCUGUGGUUUCAUCAUAUUUGACACCCACAUGAUCAUGACCCGGGUUUCCCCCGAAGAAUACAUCAUGGCCACCAUUGAGCUCUACCUAGACAUUGUAAACUUAUUCAUCGAGAUCCUAAAAAUCUUAGAACGAGUCAAUCGAAAAUAAGCAUUGGACUUAAAGUGAUUUCUCCAUUCCAGCAAUCGAUCCUAUUAGUGUUGCGGCACAAGUUAGAACAAAUUACAAGUGUGAUUUUCGUGUUUACCUAUUAGCUUCUAAUAUAUAUAUACGUUUUCAAAAAUAUAGCUCCACAAAAAGA